AUGACUUCCAUGGGAAAGGUGUUUGCCGGCUACCACCAACGGCAGGCCGUGCUCGCGCAGAGCACCAGCCCUUAUGCCAGAGGCAUCGCCUGGGUGGAAGGAAAUCUGGUUCCAGUCGCCGAGGCCCGCAUCCCUCUGCAGGAUCAGGGCUUUCUGAGAAGCGAUCUUACAUACGAUGUGCCCUCAGUUUGGGACGGUCGCUUCUUUCGUCUCGAGGACCACCUUGAUCGACUCGACGCCAGCUGCAGCAAGCUGAGAUUGAAGUUGCCGCUCUCUCGUGAGCAGAUCAAGAAGACUCUCAUUGAGAUGGUCGUCAAAACCGACAUCAAAGACGCUUUUGUCGAACUCAUCGUCACUCGCGGUCUCCAGAGCGUUAUGUUCGCACGCGCUGAAGAAGUUGCCAAGGACAACAGGCUCUACAUGCUGGUCCUUCCGUUCAUCUGGGUCAUGCCGCCUUCGAUUCAGCCUCAUGGUGGCAAUGCCAUCAUCGCGCGGACGGUUCGAAGGGUGCCCCCAGGCGCUAUAGACCCGCGUGUGAAGAACUUACAAUGGGGAGAUUUUACUAGGGGCAUGCUCGAGGCAUCUGAUAGAGGUGCCACUUACCCAUUUUUAACCGAUGGAGAUGGUAACUUGACUGAGGGAUCAGGCUUCAACAUAAUCUUGGUCAAAGAUGGAACAUUGUAUACCCCCGAUCGCGGCGUUCUUGAGGGCGUCACACGCAAGAGCGUCAUCGAUGUAGCGAGGGCUAACAAUAUCCCCGUUCGUGUUGAGGUUGUUCCGGUUGAGAUGGCAUAUCAGGCUGAUGAGAUAUUGAUGUGCACUACUGCGGGUGGUGUCAUGCCGAUAACCAGCCUCGAUGGGAAGCCCGUGAGCGGUGGGCAGGUUGGUCCUAUCACGAAGAAGAUUUGGGACGGAUACUGGACUAUGCACUAUAACCCGGCGUACAGUUUCGAGCUUGUGUAUCAAGGCAAGAUAGCAAAGCUCUGA